AGGCAGGUGCAACUCAGCUCCUGAAUAGUUGCUGGCACUUGCGACAGAGAAGACUAAAUCUUCGUCAUGUCCAAGCAAAGAACUGUGCACCUGGAGUGUGGGAAAUCAACACAAGUACUUUAUGUCCUCGGGACUGUAAUCAACAUUGACAUUUACAAACCAUCUCCCCCAGGGUGUCGAUCCUUUGAAGUCACCUCGAGCCCUGGUGUCAAUUAUUCCAUCUCAGACAAACAGAAUGGCAGCAUUGUCACUCACCCCGUGAUACGCUGGGCUCUCACUGAAGACAGCUUGCUUCUUGUCACGGUGGACCAAGAAAGCUCAGCUGCCAAUGAUGGAAAGGUUAAGGUUACAUUUUAUGGAGACGAUUUGGAUAAACCGGUUGACAAGAUGACCCUGGAGCUCACGGCAGUCUACGUGUCUUUGGAUGUGGAUGCAGAUCGCGAUGGAAUAGUUGAAGAGAAUAAUCCUAAUAAGAGUUCUUGGAUGUGGGGUCCGGAAGGACACGGAGCUAUUAUCCUUGUGAACUGCGACAAGGAAUUUUUAACUACUUCUGAACCUGACAACAUGGAUGAUAAAGUUUACACAUUUGAAGACCUAGCUGACAUGUCACGUAUGAUCAUAAGAACUGAAGGACCAAAGCUUAUGCCAGCUGGGUACACACUCAAUCUGCACAUUUCACCUUCUGAUAAAGAGAAAGUCCAACUCUUUCGGCAUGAGAUAUCAAGCGUGACCAGUGUGUUGGGCAGAACCAAAGAAUUGACUGCUAUGGAUUUUACCAAAGGCCACAAUAAGAUUAUUUUCUCUGCUGAAGGGCUUGCGUUUCCAGAUAAUAAGAAUGCUACUUUGGUGACCUUCAACCUCAGCGUGGUUCACCAACAACUUCCUAUUUUCUCUGAUCAAGUUGUACUUCAUUUUGCUCCAUGGAUUAUGACUCCUAAUACUCAGGCUCCCGAGGAGGUGUAUGUUUGUAGCUCACCUGAAAAUGAGAAGUUCCUGGGAGAAUUCAAGAAGUUUGUGAAGAAAGCACAGUGCAAGCUAACAAUCUGCCCUAAAACUGAGCAUGUCAAUGACAUCUGGAUGCAGGAUGAAAUCGAGUUUGGUUACAUAGAAGCUCCACACAAGUUCAUGAAUAUAGUGAUGGAUUCUCCUCGAAAUAGGGGCCUUAAGAAUUUCGCCUACAAAUUCCUCUUGGGCCAAGAUUUUGGACGUAUCGACGUGAAAAGUGACAAAAUCGUGGAUUCUUUGGACGCCUUUGGAAAUCUGGAGGUCAGCCCUCCUGUGACAGUGAACGGCAAGGAAUAUCCGCUGGGCAGGAUUGUCAUUGGAAGCCACCUACCCAUCCACCCCGAUGGGAGAAAGAUGGUAAAGGAGACCCAGGACCUUCUGAUGGCUCAGUCUGUGCAGUCUCCCAUAAUACUAUACUCGGACUGGUUGCAAGUUGGUCACGUCGAUGAGUUCAUGUCCUUUGUUCAAGCACCUGACAGAAAGGGUUUUAGAUUACUUCUCGCCAGUCCCCUUUCGUUCUACAGUCUGUUCAAGAGGCUCCAGAAAGAAGGUCAUGGAGAAGCUAUGAUGCUUGACAAUGCAUACUGUGACCCAGUUAAAAUUAAUGACAUCCUGAAAAAUCAAGCGUUGCAUGAAAGAAAUGCCCAUGUACAGCAUUGCAUUGAUUGGAACCGUGACAUCCUAAAGGUGGAAUUGGGAUUAGAUGAAGCAGAUAUCAUUGAUAUCCCAACAUUGUUUCAGCCAACUGACGCAACCCAUGUAAGAGCUUACUUUCCAGAUAUGGUGAACAUGAUAGUUCUUGGCAAGUACUUGGGAAUUCCAAAACCCUUUGGGCCGCUGAUCAAUGCAGAAUGUGCACUGGAAGCUGUAGUGCGCUCAGCAUUGGAACCACUUGGCCUGGAUUGUACCUUCAUUGAUAAUUUCACCUCCUACCACAAUAAGGGCGGAGAAGUUCACUGUGGUUCCAAUGUUCGUCGCAAACCCUUUACUUUGAAGUGGUGGAACAUGGAGAUAUAAUCACCAGUUACAGUUCCCACAUGUAACAAGCAUUGCCUUAUUUUUUCUGCAGCUUUGGUAACGGUGUAACCUACUGGAAAGUCUAUUACCUAAUGGCUUGGAACUUGUGCUCAUACCUUCUCAGGACGUAGGAAGUUAUUUUGUCCAAUAGUCUAUAUCUCAAAGCAGUCCCAUCAGUCCUAAUCUCCCACUCAUUUAGAGUCAGACAGUAUGGAAACAGGCCAUUUGGCCCAACUAGCCCACACCGGCCAACCUAGCCCACACAGGCCAACAUCAUUUCUAUUAAGAUUUAUCUCAUGGUCUGGAAAUUAAAUCAUCAGAGCUGCUGCUCUUUAUGCCAGCAUCUCAGCACCAAAAAUAAACAUUAGAGGGUGGAGUUUGACAGCACUCAGGAAAUUGAACGAGUCCUCUUUACAAUUUAGACUUUCGAGAUACAGUGUGGAAACAGGCCCUUCAGCCCACCAGGUCUGCACCGACCAGUGAUCACCCCGUACUCUAGCACUAUCCUUCAAUUUUACAAUUUUACC